AUGUCAGAUCCAGACGCAAAUAAUGGCAGCUCUGCCAGACUUACCGUUGGAGUUCUACAAUCAAUGAUUAAGGACCUUGGCGCACACCGGCCGGAACGAUACACCGAGAACCGUGCCUACAACAAAGAUACCCUCAUCGCCUGCAUCAUCUGGAAGAAAUCGGAUGUGUAUCCUAUUUGUAUCCUUAAAGCCCCCGGUUACGUACCUGACCCCAGUGAGGUAAUUACCUUCCCGAAGCCAUCUUCCGUACCGAGACCGGCAGCUAUGACUAAGCCGAAUGGUGAAUAUGUAUGGGCAACUUGGCACCGCAUGGAUGACUCACACAUCUCAAACGACAUCUACCAGCGACUAUCUGGCAUUCGCAGACUCAAGGGUGGCCUUGACGCACGUUGGAACAGCGACCAGCUUCAACUCGCAGCGUUCUCCAGCGAUGAUGGCCUUCUGUUCCGUCUUACAAAGGUCUCCCACAAGGAUGCUCUUGUCGCCAUUGCACAAUACCUAGAUUUCAGUUAUGUGCCAGCCUCAGCAGACUCCUAUCGCCAACCAUCCAAUCCACUCAACAAUGAGAACCACAGUCAUUGGAAGACGGCUGAGUUCAAAAAGUUCCUACGCUUGCUCCACAUCGACCCGGACAGAACCACGAGAUUUGAGCAGUAUCGCCUGCUCCUGGUUCGAAACAUCUUGAAGAUCAUUGACAAAUAUGAAAGCCAGAAUCCUCGAGUUAGGAACCUCUUUCCUCAAAAGCUAACACAAUCCCAACUAGCCGUUGAGGACGAUGACGUCGAUGAAGAUACGGCCAUGGGAGGUUUCACUACCACAGGUCGGGAUCUCAAACAGUUUCACUUGUUUCCUAAACUUGCACCUGAGAUGCGACUUGCUAUCUUUGAAAUGGCGAUGGAUGACAUUGGCCCCCGAGCUGUUCAACCCUACGUCGUCAGAGGUGUUGUGAAGGUGACUCGUCGCGCCCCCGCAUUGUUCCAUGUGAACAGAGAAGCACGCAGCCUUUGUGUAGGGCCACUCCGCAGCGAGUAUGAACUAUUCCAUGCCGCCGGGAACCUCCACGGCUAUCAACCUGGCAGACCAAAUGAAGGAUUCUGGUUCAACCCCGACAAAGACACCUUAUACAUUGGUCGACGAAGUCUCGCCCUCUGUGCCCCAAGCCUCACAACACAGACCAUCAAGAGCCAGAUGCCCAGACUCAUGGCUGCAGCGAAGAGCAUCGCUUUUUAUGUCCGAGCUUAUCGUGGACCGAUCUUGAACGAGGUCACAAUGUUUACCAAUGCCCUCCAUUUCAUUGCAGUCGACAAUGACGAAUGGCUCACCUUUGAGCCUCAUUCUACAAAUCUUCACACAUUUAUGACGAUUACCGUUGACCUCUCCCAAAAUGACAGUCAAGGCAAGAGAGGUGUCGUGACACAAACUGCAACAUUCAUUGACGCCAGCCAUUCUCAGCCUGCGGAUUGGCACCUCUUUGGUAAUCGCAUUCAGAGUCUCAAGGACGCGUGGAUCAAUGGAGAAGCUGCACGAGUGGCUAAAUGGAACAGUGAUCACCAAGAUCCUGCGGAUCAUAUCACUGCACGUACAGGUAUCAUCAAGUUCUCACUAGCUCGCGCUGUGGGAUGUGAAAAAGAGUACCAUAUUCCUAAGACAUCCAAAUUCCACCCCUUGUAUCAUCCAGACGCACCGGGAGCGUAUGAAUUUGAAGAGAAAGAGGCUGUCUCGCUCACCCACCAAGAUGAUCAUGACGAAGGCGGCAUGAUAUAUGGUGACAAGUUGUUCAAGGAACGUGAGGAGAUAUCCAGACUUCGCGGAGAGCUUGACAAUGCCAUUGAAGACUUGAACCAGCAGCGUGAGCGAUUAGUCCAGGAUCGCGCGGAAGUGGAAAGACAACGUAGAGAGUCUUGGAAAACUGCUGCGUGGUUACAGGAGAAAAUUGGCAGAUAUCACGGUGCCCGUAUACUUUGCGAGCAGAGUUUGGGUAGGUUGUCUCAGGACAUGAAGAAGGCUGGCAUUGAGAUGAAGUUGAUCGAGAGUUUUGUGAAGUACAAGAUUUCCAAUGGUAAAGAAGAUGAGGUAGCGAAAUGGCGAGAUGAAUUAAGCCAGUGGGGUCUGUUAGACAAGGGCACAAAAGGCGGUGCAGAAAACAUCGGUACAGAAAACCGCGGUGCAGAGGAGACACAGGUCAUGGAUCUAGAGGAUGCAGAGGAUGAUGUAGAGGAUGAGGAUAUGAAUGACGACGUGGAAAAUGAUGAUGUUGAGAAUGAUGAUACGCAGGAUAAUGAUACGCAGGAUGAUGAUGCGGAAGAUGAUGAUGCGGAGGAUGAUAAUGCGGAGGAUGAUGAUGUCGAGAUAUUACGAUAA